AUGUGGACAAUUAGCGACUUUCCUGGUUACGGUAUGUUAUCUUCUCAUACCACUCAAGGGUACAAGGCUUGUCCCAUCUGCUUAGAGAACGUUGAUGCUAGUCGUCACGCGGACAGGAUUGUUUACCUGGGUCACCGUAGAUGGCUUCUAAUGAAUCAUGAAUGGCUGCUUGAUGCAUAUGCAUUCGAUGGCAGGGAAGAGCAUCGUGAACCACCCCCUAUUCAGUCUGGGGAUGAAAUUUUAUACAAGUUGAACUCUUUUGAUUUUGGAUAUUUGAGUAGUGAUAAAGAUGUCUUGGCCCAAAAUCCUGUGCGUCCUGCUGCACUUGACAAUUGGCAUCAUAAGAGUAUUUUCUUUGAAUUACCUUACUGGUCCACUUUGAGAAUUAGACAUAACCUAGAUGUCAUGCACAUAGAAAAGAAUGUUUGUGACAACGUGGUGGGAACAAUUCUCGACAUUAAAGACAAGACAAAAGACAGUAUCAAAGCGCGGGAUGAUUUGCAAAAGAUGGGCUUACGACGUCACUUAUGGGUAAAAAGGACGACGUCAAGACAAAUGUUUAUGCCUAUUGCACCUUACUCGGUGAAGCCCGCUUUCAAGCCUAAAGUUUUCAGUUGGUUCAAUGAUGUUAAGUAUCCUCAAGGAUAUGCAGGAAAUAUAGCUCGAUGUGUUAAGGUGACAGAACAUAAUAUACAUGGAUUGAAGAGUCAUGACUGUCAUGUUUUAUUGCAACGUCUUCUUCCCGUGGUAAUCAGACCAUAUCUACAUCGUGAUGUGGUGGAGCCACAACUUGGUGGGUAUAAAGGUUUUGUUAAAAACAGAGCAAAGCCGGAAGGCUCAAUAGCUAACGCAUACAUUGCACAUGAGUGUGUAACGUAUUGCAAGUCAUAUCUCCAUAAUACAGACAGCAUAAAGGGCCUCGACCCGGCAAGAACACCUACAUUCAACCUCUCAAUUGUCUUUGAAGAUAUAAGAAUGUUUGGUAACUUACCUAAUUCAGAAAUUUUAAGAGAUGAUGAGUUAUGUGAGGCUCAUUGGUGGGUACUGCAACACUGUGACGAAGUCAAGGAAUAUAGAGAUGCUCAUUUGGGACUUAUUCAACUUAAGUAUCAGAACAGGCAUGAAGAGAGGCAUAAGAAAACGUUUCCUGUCUAUUUCCUAAAAUGGGUGACGAGGAUGCAAGAACGUCAAGAUAAAGAUUACUCUCCGCAGUUGCAUCAUUUGGCGUGUAUGCCACAAGGACAUAAUGUUUAUGCGGCUUGUGUAGUUAACGGUGUUAAGUUCCUUACAGAACGACGAGAUCAACGUCGGAAGACACAAAAUAGUGACAUCAUGGUAGUGGGUAAGGAUAAUGUUGCAUACUAUGGAAUUGUUGUUGCCGUCAUCGAACUACUAUAUCCAGCAGGGGGCCAGGUAGAACAAAAUAUUGAGAAUGUGGCUCUUGAACCAUAUCAAGAGCCUUUAACUUCUGACAUCCCCGACACAAGCACUAUUCGCAUCAACAACGACAUCCACUUCCCACAAGGCGAGUACAUUCCAAUUUCAGGUUUAGAGUUCGAUUUCGGUUCACUGCCGUACAUCCCAUCUAGUGACGACUUCAUUAACGAUGAAGAUGAAGAUUCAGAUGAAAUUCCUGAGGAUGAUCUAGAAGAUCCGGAUUACGAGGAUGGCGAUUGA